CCGGGACCGUCGAUUGCGGGCGCGUCCCGGGAACUGCAGCGCCCUCUCCACCUGGGCAGGGGCAGCUCCGCCACCCGCCCGGGCCUCGACAGGCUCGCCGCCAGGGCUGGGGAGGGGCGGCGCGGAGGGCGGGGGCCGGGCGCGGGGCAGGGCCCGGCUGUGCCUCUCCGGCCGUUCGGGCAACUCCCGGGCCGCGGCCAGCCGAGGAGCAGAGCGCUUGCCCGGGGGGGUCUGCCGCGUCGCAGGCGCCGCCGGAACCCUGGCCAUGAGGACCCUGUGGAUGGCGCUGUGCGCGUUGGCGCGGCUGUGGCCCGGAGCCCAGGCCGGCUGCGCCGAGGCCGGGCGCUGCUGUCCCGGCCGGGACCCCGCCUGCUUCGCCCGCGGCUGGAGGCUGGACAGGGUCUACGGGACGUGUUUCUGCGACCAAGCCUGUCGCCUCACCGGGGACUGCUGCUUCGACUACGACAGGGCGUGCCCAGCUCGCCCAUGCUUCGUGGGGGAAUGGAGCCCCUGGAGUGGUUGUGCAGACCAGUGCAAGCCUACAACCCGUGUGCGGAGGCGCUCUGUGCAGCAGGAGCCUCAGAACGGCGGGGCGCCCUGCCCACCCCUGGAAGAGAGAGCCGGCUGCCUGGAGUACUCCACCCCGCAGGGCCAGAACUGCGGGCACUCCUAUGUUCCUGCCUUUAUAACUACCUCUGCAUUCAACAAGGAGAGAACACGACAAGCUACGUCUCCACACUGGUCUACGCACACAGAGGAUGCUGGAUACUGUAUGGAGUUUAAGACAGAGUCCUUGACUCCUCACUGUGCUCUGGAAAACCGGCCCUUGACUAGAUGGAUGCAGUAUCUCCGAGAGGGAUACACGGUGUGUGUGGAUUGUCAGCCUCCAGCUAUGAACUCUGUGAGCCUUCGUUGUUCCGGAGAUGGCCUGGACUCCGAUGGAAAUCAGACUCUCCAUUGGCAAGCAAUUGGUAAUCCUCGAUGUCAAGGAACUUGGAAAAAAGUUCGGCGAGUAGACCAGUGUUCUUGUCCAGCUGUUCACAGUUUCAUUUUUAUAUAGAUGGUGAUAUAAAUAUUUCCAAAUGCAUUUGUAAAUGUGCUAAAUAUUCUCAAGUCAUGUUCAAUGUUUCCUAAACCUUCAAUUUUGGCCAGAGUCCCCAAACACAUCAUUGCCACACUCUGAAGUAGAGAAAGAAAAAUUAGGGGCCAGUUCUCAAGGAACACAGGUCCUUUAUUUUUAUUUUAACUAAGUUGAAGACCCACUCAAAAAGCUCCUGUGGUUUUAUGUUCUUGACCUUUCAUCUGGAGUCCUCUCAUUCAGCAGGUGGCGUGUGAGACAUAGAAUACAUGUCUGUUUGCUAAAGUAAAAUUACGUAACUCAGUCCAAUUAUUGGUGAUGGAAGUGUCAUUUAAGGGGAUCUAUGUUUUGAAUCUUGCAGUCUUUCUUUCUAUUUUAUAAUCUUUUAAAAGCUUCUCCCUUUAAAAAAUGUAUACACGAAUGCACACUCUACACAUAUAUUUCCAUAUAUUUAAUAUUCCAUAAAUUUUGAAAUAAUUUCAAGAAAAUUAUCACAAAUAAUUUUUCCACAGGGCAAAUUAUUUAAAUUUUUAGUAAGCAUUCUGUAAUGAAAAACCAACAGCUAUACUAAAAACAUUUUUUGAAGAAGAAUAAAUUUUUUUUCGCAUAAGUGAAAGGAUCAAACACUCAUUCUAGGUCAAUGGGAGUUCUUUUAAAUGUUAUAAUUUUCAUGAAGAGAAAUGUUGGUACCAGUGAAUGAAACAAUUGCUUUCAUUCCGAAAAUUCUACCACCAUUUGCAUCUAAGAUUAUUUCCAAGGCUUAAAGCCUGAAGCUGAAUAAAAUAAUCUUUCAAGAGUCCAACUUCAAGUUUAGUUGAUGUAAGCUCACUAUUUUUUUCCUACCGCAUGCAUUUUCUAAUGUUUGGGGUGGAUGGCGUGUCGGUUAUGGAAGGCAUAGACGUCAUUACAGAUGCUAUGAUCUCACACAUACACAAGGAAAUGUUAGUCUCCUUAUUUUAUGAUUGGAAAAUCAAUGACCUAGAGGCAAAAUGGCAUGUUUAAGGACCUGGGAUGACAAGUCAUUCUGCAGUCAGCCAAAGAGCCAAAUUUGGACUCCUCAUCCAGGACUCCAUGAAAAGCCUGACUUUGCCAAACACUGCACUGGAAAAGCUAAGCCCCUUUCAUUUUUGAAGUAAAUUUUGAAUUCAAGAUAUUUAGUUUAAAGAAUUGAGUCUUGACAUGUAAACUACAUGAAAUUCCUUUGGUUUCAAUUGAAUAAUAUUCACUAACAAAUGAUUUACUAAAAUACAUAUUUCUUGGUCCUUAUCAUGUAAUGACAGAUUGACAACAGCAAUAGGGAUGGAAAUUUCCCCAAUAAUUAAUAACACCGAGAGUGGCAAUAUUUCUGACUAUAUUUUCAUUUAAUUAUCAAAGUUGUUUUUGUGGAAAAUUAAAUUUUUCAGAAAUUGGUAAUAAAAUAUGUGAGUCCAUCAAGGCUAGCAACUUUAAGUCAGUAUUAACAUUUUCAUACUGUUUCUAACAUUCAUAAAGCUAGAUUUUUGAGGCUAUGUCCAGGUAAUUUCCAAUGUUACUUAAAAUUUUUAUACUAGUAAAUAAACUGUUUGUUCACAUUUAUAGAAGCUCUAUACUUGUUUGACUAGAAAAUAACCCAAAAUUUCUGGACUAGUCAGAGAAUGAUAAAAUUUCACCAAAAACAAAACAAAAAAUCCUUCAGAAUUGAUAGGUAUAGGUACAGCGACUACUAAUAGCAGUGAAGCAAUGGUGCAUUUACAGUUCCGAUAUGUGUUAUAACAUUUAACAUAAUUGAGUUGUAUAAAAUAAAUUUUUCACCUUAUGCCUUUAA